AAAAAUAAAGCUCGCGGCUCAACGUUUAUGGCCUCUCCAAAAGAACCUUCAAAUCCCAAAGGUGAGAUAACUCUCACCUGAAGCUGGUGUGUCUUUCUACCCUCUGGCUGGGAACAGUCACCUGGGAAUGAUUCCACCAGGUGGCUUCCAAGGUCCAACCUACUUGGUUGAAAUCUGACACUGACAGCGACUCCCUAGUAGCUGCUGCGGUUCGCUCAACAGGGAACCAGGAAAUGCACAAACCUCUUUAUGUCUGAAAACCAGCUGGGCUCCCUGGGAGACACAUCCGCCAUGGGAAACAGGCUGUGCUGUGGGGGAAGCUGGAGCUGCCCAUCAACUUUCCAGAAGAAAAACAAAACAGGGAGCCAAGCAAGAUCCACAUUGAGCAUACUGAAGCAGCAACAGCUACAGCAGAAUGGUACAAAGGACUGUGAAGCAACAGGACCAAUGUAUGAGCAAGUGUUACACAGGCCUGUAUCUCAAAAGAGAAGUUCAGACUCCACAUCCGAGGAGAGCAAUUUGCAUUAUGCGGACAUUCAUGUGCUCAGCCAAAUGCAGCCACACUCUGACAGAAAGGUGAACCGCCUCCAUCUAGAAACUGCUACAGAGUAUGCCAUCCUUCGCUUCCCCAAGGCCACACCUCGAUAUGACAGCAACAAUGGAACUCUGGUGUGAGCCGUUUGAAGGAAGGACCAGAUGCCACAAUUUUACAGUUCUGUGGGGGACAAUCUACUGUUUCUGAGAACAGGGAUGUUGGCCAUGUUUUAAUCUUAAAGAACACCAGAACAUCUAGCAUUCUGGGUCCCCCUCGCUCUGCACUAUGAAUCUUUUGAUUUGCCACUGUUACUGUGCAGUUGUGGUAAGGUUAUGGGUGAGCUGAGUUCCAAACAAAUAUUUAAGUGUGCAAACAGUCGCGCUUUGACCCCCUAACAUUAUUUGGACUCUCAAAUGCAGCAAGAGUCCUCUAUGCACUUUGGCUGUUUCUGGUGGGACUUAUUUAAUGAUAUUUGGGGGUUUUGUCUUUAUUUUUGUUUAUUUGCUAUGUAGCCGAGGAUGGCCUUGAAAUCCUGAUCUAUCCCAGUCUCCCACUCCCAGUUCUGGGAUUACAGACACGUGGUCACUAUGCUCAGCUAAUCACAUCCCCUUUACACACUUUUACUCCAAAACUGCAGAGGAAGCGUUCUGGAAAUUUUUUCUGAGCCUUGCCACACAGCCUCGCGACUGCUGUGGGCAAUUAAUCUAGUAGCUGGGUCAAGGGCUCCAGACCUUAGCACAGAGAUGGAAACAGGGACUGACUGAUUGUAAAGUCUUUUCCGACCACCGGUCACAAGGACUUCAAAUUGCAGACACUAACAGCCUGGAGAGGAAACUCUCCUUGCAGGACUGUUAGCACUCAUCUGAAGAACCGGUAGGAUGAAUAAAUAAAUAGUACGAAGAA